AUGAUGAUUAGAAGCGUUAUUGGACUUCCAAAUCCUGUAAGGAUAGCGUCUUCCAUAAGACUCUUGUCCUCUAGUGCGAAAUGCUUAAAAGGAAAGACCGAUUCCUCCACUAGUUCGGCCAGUUCGUCUACCGAUGAAAAAGUCGAUCAGCAUUUGAAAUUUUUAUCGCAGUUUUACACACCAGAUUUACUUCAAAGCAUUCAAAUUACUGAGUCUCUUUUAACUCCACAACAAUUGCUUGCUAUACAGAAGAGAGGGCACGAAGGGAAGGCCAAGUCACCUCCAAAGGAUUUGCAUAACGACUACUCUCUCAACGACCCCAAAUGGUCGGAGUCUAUAGUGUACCCUAACCAAGCUUCGAACAAAUCGCCGUAUUUCAAGAUCCCGUUAAACCAAGCCCCGGACAGAACCGACUUGGUGUUGAGAUUCAAGGACGCUGGAGCAGGCGACGACAAGAAGAACAACAGACAGAACAGAAUCAACGAAAGACAAGAAACCGUCAAGGGAUUGUCCAAUUUGACUGGCUUAGAACCUGCUUACAUCAACAGAUUGUACGUCAGACCUAUUGUCAUGAAGAGAGUUUCAUGUCAAACGUCCAAGGGUAAAAUUCCCAACUUCUAUGCCUUAACUAUUGUCGGAGACAAGAAGGGUAUGAUUGGGUUAGGUGAAGGUAAGUCGAGGCACGGUAUGAGAACCGCAUUGGGGAAGGCUCACUGGAAUGCAGUGAAGAACUUGACCCCAAUAUCGAGGUACGAAGACAGAACCAUCAUUGGAGAUAUUGACUACAAGUUCCACGCAGUGAAGUUGUUCUUGAAGUCUGCACCUUCUGGGUUUGGAUUGAGAGUCAACCCAAACAUUUUCGAGGUGUGCCAGGCUGCAGGUAUCAAGGACUUGGCCGGUAAGGUGUAUAAGUCCAGAAACCCCAUGAAUGUCGUCAAGGGAUUUGUAGAAGCGUUGACUACGCAACGUAGCUUAGAGGACUUGGCUUCAGGCAGAGGUAAGAAGUUGGUGGACUUGAGAAAGGUAUACUACUCUGCCUAG